CAUUUUUUCAUCACCUUAUCUUUUUCGUACAACUUUCUUUCCCUCCAAACAAGCAAAAAGAAAAUAAAAACCCCAGAAAUUUCAACCUAACUAAGCAGAAUUUCUCACCAGCAUCAUCGAUUGAGAUUCAGUUUAAUGGCUCACAAAUUGGCCUUCACUAUGUCAUCUACUCGUUUAUUUAGUGCUCCUAUUCAAAAACCCUUGUUUUGUGUCUCUUCUUCAUCUUCUUGUUCGUCGACUAGGGUUCAAGCGAGUCAAUUGAACGGAAGACAAUUUUGUCUUCGGCGACGGGUAUUUGUACUCCCUAUCAAGGCUACUGCUGAUCAACAAGGCAAGGUUGAAGAAGAAGAUACUGUUGACAGCAAAAUCCUGCCAUAUUGCAGCAUAGACAAGAAAGACAAAAAAUCACUGGGUGAAAUGGAGCAAGAAUUUCUUCAAGCACUACAAGCAUUCUACUACGAAGGGAAAGCUAUAAUGUCUAAUGAAGAAUUUGAUAAUCUCAAGGAAGAACUAAUGUGGGAAGGAAGCAGUGUUGUUAUGCUAAGUUCUGAUGAACAAAAGUUUUUGGAGGCUUCAAUGGCUUAUGUAGCCGGGAAACCAAUUAUGUCGGAUAAAGACUAUGAUCAGCUGAAGCUGAAGCUAAAGACAGAAGGGAGUGAAAUCGUAGUUGAGGGUCCACGAUGUAGUCUUCGUAGUAGAAAGGUAUACAGCGACCUGUAUGUUGAUUAUUUUAAGAUGUUCCUGUUGAAUGUUCCAGCAACUGUUGUUGCUCUUGGACUGUUUUUCUUCUUAGAUGACCUGACUGGAUUUGAGAUCACAUAUCUUUUGGAGCUCCCAGAGCCUUUCAGUUUCAUUUUCACGUGGUUUGCUGCUGUGCCUGCAAUAUUUUGGAUAGCUCAAGUCCUUACGAAAUUAAUUGUGAAAGACUUUUUAAUCUUGAAGGGCCCUUGUCCAAACUGUGGUACUGAGAACGUCUCCUUCUUUGGGACCAUACUAUCAGUCUCCAGUGGAGGCUCCACCAAUAAUCUUAAAUGCUCAAAUUGUGGAACUGAGUUGGUGUAUAGUUCAUCAACACGGUUGAUUACAUUGCCAGAGGGAAGUGAAGCUUGAUUGGAGUUGGUUAAUUGGGGCUGCAAACUCCAAUUAUAAACAUGCACCAUUUAUGACUGGAUCCUGUCUGCAUACACUUGUCUUGCAUGUUGAACUAACAGUGUCCACGACAUUCUAACUGGAAAAUGAUUAACAAAGUUAUUCCUUCCAGAUGCAGGGUGAAUUUAUUUUAAGGUGUCAAUGUGCAAACCGUUGCUAAAAUAUUGAAGUCAGAGGUGAAGGAUGUGUAUGUAAUUGUGAAACUGGAGUGACAUUUGAGAUGUACAGUGGAUUUGUCUCGUAUUGUUCUGUCAAUAUUGUGAGUAUGUAAAUACCUGUAGCAGGCUUGUCCACAAGAAAGAGAAAGUAGUGCACAAAACUGCUGUGAAUUGUCAAAACAACCAACCUUAUAAUAUAGAGUUUCUCCUAGUUUUCAUGUGAGUGGUCUUCUUGAACACCAAAUCCUGAACUGAAGAUAGAAAUACAAGACUGGUAGGAAACAAUGAUCUUUUGAGUACUCUGAACUGACUGAAGCUGUGCAGACAAUGAAUGGCAGGCGCUUUCAGGUUCCGGAAAUGAUUUUUUAUUCUAAUUCUGAUGCAUUAUCCUCUUCCUGGACUUGGCAUUUCUUUUGCUCUCUGGAUUAUACAAUGUAUUUUGAUUGAUCUACCUACCAAAAAAAGAGAGUUGAGGCUUAUUUAAUUACCUCAAGUGCUCAAUGAAAGCUCUUUUGCUAGUGA